AUGGCAAGUAAGAACGAAAAACUACCCAUAACUAAGCAUACGAAAGGUGUAUCGGAAAACAAAGAUGAGAACGAAGGAGGCCCACCAUUAAUACGCUUCUUAAGAAGACAAAAAAGAGAAGAUUUGUAUGCAGCUUGGGCCUGGAUACUAACUUACCUAGCCUAUUCUUGUUUUCACAUGGAUCGAAGAGUUCUUAGCGUUGUUAAGAGCUCUUUGUAUACACUCAAUUGCACGUCCAAGAUUCUAAGUUACCUCAAUCACGCCGGUUACUCUUCUUCUAACAUAAGCCCGUCCGAAUUUAUUUCUAUUAACGAUUCGAAUUUAAAUAUGUUAUGCCCUCAAUGGAAGCCAUUCACAAUCAAUACUACUUGCAGUUAUAAAAGUUAUCAUGUAAAAAUUUUAGUUCAAGAAUAA